AUGUCUUUUCGUGAUCGAGUCAAACGGGUCUUUCGCCGUCCCUCCGCCGGCAAGACCGAGAAGCACGGCCGACCGAAAGUCGAAUAUUAUCGUCGGGGAGAAAUUCCUCCCUCCAAAUUCAAGGGUCCCUUCGACAAGGAACAUCAAAGACGCCUGGCGGCCUGGUCAUUUGACGGCGCCAUGGCCGAUCGUCCCAGACCGUCAGAUCUGUCGCUGUCUCCGUGCGCCACCUACGACCUGCCACCAAAUGACUCUCUCGGCCCUCUGGAUCCGCUCGACAGCGACGAGUAUGACCUUUCUCCCGACGUGCCGAUCGACCCAGGUUUGACCGACGCCGACGCCGACGCAUCCGGUCCCGACGUGAUGCUCGCCUCGCUGGACUUGUCCCGCCCCACCGUCGGCUCACAGUCCUCCACCGCCGUCAAUUCCAACUCGGAAAGCUACUCGGGCUCCUUGAUGACGCUCCUGCCCGAUGAUCAUCCCGUGCACUUUGCUGACCCGUCGGAUGACCCGAUCGCCUUGCUGAAGGAGUCCAUUCGGUACACGUCACCCAUCGUCCGGGCCAUGUCCCCCGCCGCCUCUCCCUACCCCAUCUCCCCUCGUGGGAAAUCCAAGGGACUGCCCUUUUCUCCAGAGGAUCUGACACGGGCCUUGAUCGCCGUGCAGGUUUGCGCCUAG